CUUCGAAUGUCCAGAUGGAAGCAGAGUUGAAGGAGAAAUGUGUGUGUUAAGGAGAAAGGAGGAACGUUGGGAGGUAAGUUCGCUUAACCCCGGAUUUGGAAAGACCCUUGCCACUGCAUCCAAAUCAUGCACGUCACUGCGCUCCGCGACAUCUCUCAAACUAUGAGAGAACAUAAUGCAUCUUCAACACCAUCUCUACACUCCUUGACCUCGACUAUACCAUGUCCUUGACACUCGAAGACGAAGAUCCUUCCUCACAACUCCGCGCCAGUCUCCUCGAAUCAAUAACUCGCUCUCUCUCCUCCCGCCGUCCACUCCUCACUCACCUCAAUGCCGACACGACUUGGCUGCUCUCCAUCCCGUACCCUUCCACAAAUCCUUCCUUGCGAAAUCGCACAUUCUAUCACAUUCUGAUCGAUCCGUGGCUGAAAGGUGGGCAAUCUGACGUCGCGGCCUUUUUCUCGCAGCAAUGGCAUGCAACGCCCAGCUCAGUGCAAACAAUUACAGAAGUAGAGGAUGUGAUACGACGAAUGGAGUUUACUGCGAAGGGUAAAGAGAAGGCAGAUAUGGGCGUCGCGGAAAGCUUGGAAGAGGGUCAGGGAGAUGUGAUUGUGGUUGACAAUCAUGGAUUGCAAGAGAAGCAGGAAGGGAAUGUGAUUGAUCUAGUGGUUGUCAGUCACGAAUUCACCGAUCAUAUGCAUAAAGAGACACUCCUGGAGAUUCCAAAGACGGUGCCUGUGCUUGCAACGGUGAAGGCUGCGGGAAUCAUAAAGUCUUGGAAACAUUUUCAUGUUGUGGGAGAGGUCCCGAGAUUCAGUGGCGAUUGGAGAAAGUGUCCACAUAAGACUCUACCAGAAUGGCUGGAUGUGUCGAGGGUCGCGAAGCCGGGGAUGGAUCUGCUAUACUAUCAUUCUGCCAUCAUGAUUGCGUUUCCGAAAGGAUAUGAAGGAGAAGGAGAAGCGGUCAUAUAUACACCACAUGGAAUAACACCAGCCGAUCUUGCACCUGUGGCGGAAGCGAAUCCAAAGAUACACACACUGGCAUUGUUGCAUGGCCUGCAGGAUAUCUCGUUACCUAGAGCACAGUUGAAUAAAGGAGCUCAUAAUGGUCUGAAAGCACAAAGAUUACUGGGCGCGAAGUAUUGGAUUGGGACACAUGAUGAGUUGAAGAAGGGCGGAGGGAUUGUGAGCUAUUUCUUGAGGAGGAAACAUAUCACUCUGAAAGAUGCUAUAGAGAAGGAGAAGGAAGAGCAUGGAGAGAAGCUGAAGGGAAGUGAUCUAGAGACAAUGAAAGAUGUGAGAUUUGAAGAUCUGACAAAUGGUGAGAGUUUGCUGUUGGAGUAAUGUAAUCGAUUCCAAGAUGUAGAAUGAUAAAGGACAUCUACUGUACAAUUACAAUAUCAAUACACGAGUCGUAGUAGCCUCAAUCCUCUAAUCAGAC